CCUACACUGAAAGCCAAAUUAUCUCCUAUCUUGCAAAAAUUUUUUGACGCUAAAGCAACAAAAAAACUCACCUUUGCUGACAUUGGAAAGCAACUCGGCAAGGAUGAAGUUUGGGUUGCAUCUGUCUUUUAUGGCCAG